CGAAGAAGGCUAACCAAACACAACCACAAGCUAACUAACAACGAGUUAACUUGCAACCGAUUGGCGAUACUUGACAUUAUCAGAAAGUGAAACAUAAGCCUGAGGUACUGGGUUAACGUUACCGCUGGAAGCGGGCCAUGCAGCUCCCCAGAAGGUAAUGAGCCGGAAAGCCUCCAGGUCUCGGCUCAGCGGUGCCCACAAACUGCAGCCACACCGGAAUGACUGGCAGCCCAGAGUUGAUAGUGUGUCAUUCAUCGAAGACGGAGUGAGGUCCAGAGAGCUCGGUUCAGCAGCACAUUCUGACACUUUGCCCUCCAGCUUGGCUGAGCAGCCAGUGGUGCCUAGCAAUGCCUAUGCUGCUACAGAUGCCCUCCAGGAAGAGGGUGGAUAUGAAGCUGAUCAAGGUGUCUGUGAUACUACUUUUGGUUGGAAGUCGCUGGGGCAAGAGUUGAGGCCAAAUGACGUGACAGCGGAUUUAAACUCUUUUCAGCAUGGAAACCGUGCUUUAGCUUCAAAGGACAUGAGAAAAUCGCAGGACAGAGGGAUGGCUCACUCAGAUGAGUCUCGGUUGGCCAACCUCCUGCGCAGAGUCUCAAGGGAAGAUGACCGUGAUCGGCGGUUGACCACCCUCAAGCAGUUGAAGGAAUUUAUCAGUCACAGCGAGAACAAAGUGAACUUGGUCAAACAGUUGGACACCAUCCUCAGCACUUUGAAUGAUAUUUUGAAUGAGAGUAGUAAGCUGCUUUGGGAGUUGCGUCAGGAUGCGGCAGCCUGCUUGGGUCUUCUCUGCACUGUGCUCAGCUACGAAGCGGAGCGCAUCUUCAAGUGGCUUUUCCUCAAGUUCGCUUCCUGCAGUCGUGACGAGGUGAAGCUGUUGUACCUUUUAGCAACACAGCGCGCUUUGGAGGCCGCCGGGGAACGAAAGACCUUUACUCAAGUCAUGCAGCAGGUGAUGAGCAAUCUGCAGUCCAUCUUGGAGAAUGUGGACACUCCGGAACUGCUUUGCCAAAGUGUCAAGUGUAUUCUACAAGUGGCCCGUUGCUACCCACAUGUCUUCAGCACCAAUUUCAGGGACACCGUGGAUAUCUUGGUUGGCUGGCACAUUGACCACACUCAGAAGCACUCACUCACUCAGCAGGUUUCAGCCUGGCUACAGAGUCUGGAGCAGUUUUGGGUGGCAGAUUUGACUUUUUCCACCACACUUCUGGGACAGUUCUUGGAGGACAUGGAAGCAUAUGCGGAGGAUCUGAGCCACGUCGUGUCAGGAGAGGUGGUGGAUGAAGACAUCCCACCUCCUGCAGUGUCUCUUCCAAAGCUGGCAGCUCUUUUGAGGGUGUUUAGUACAGUAGUUCGCAGCAUUGGAGAGCUUUUCAGCCCCAUUAGAGGACCACCCAUCACUGAGGUCUAUGUCACUGAUAUUCUUAACCGUGUUCUGGCAUGCGUGACCACUGCCAAGCAGGUCCAGUUCUCUGAGGCAGUCCUUACUGCGGGAAAUGAGUGUGUGGGUGUGUUGCUGGCCAGCAUGGAACCCUGUGGGCAACUAAUGGAGACAGUCUUGGCCUAUGGCUUGGACCAGUUGGACUGCUGUCAAAUUUGUGGUUCAGACUACAACUUGGCAGUACUCAGCCUUCUUACUCUGAUUGUGGAACAGAUCAACACAAAGCUGCCUGCUUCGUUUGUGGAGAAAUUGUUGGCCCCUGACUCACAGUUGCUGGAGUUGCGUUUCCAUCGAGAAAAAGAGGUGGUGUCAGGUGUACAUGGGGUGUACCAGGCACUUCUGAGUCUGAAAAAUAUUCCAACCCUGGAGGCCGCAUAUAAAUUGGUUUUAGGAGAGAUGGCUUGUGCCCUGUCCAAUAUUCUUGCGAUCCUGGAUCUGACGAGUGGGCCCCUGCCACCCGAUAGCCCUUGCUUCAGCAUCCAGCACGCUGCUUUCGCUUCGGUCACCCUUAACCCAGAGAAGGCACAGUUCAUCCUCAUCUUCAAUCUCAGCACUCUCACGACCAUCGGGAACACCAAGAAUUCACUAAUCGGGAUGUGGGCUUUGUCUCCCACGGUCUUUGCCUUGCUCAGUCACACACUUAUGCUGGUGCACUCUGAGUUAGCAGUCUUCUACCCUGCCAUCCAGUACGCUGUGCUUUACACACUCUAUUCCCACUGCACAAGACACGAUCAUUUCAUCUCAUCCAGUUUAUCGUCAUCUUCCCCAUCGCUGUUUGAUGGCGCGGUCAUCAGCACUGUCACGACAGCCACAAAGAAACAUUUCAGCACUCUGCUCAACCUUCUGGGAGGUCUGCUAGUGAAGGAACAUCUCUACCCUGAAGCCAGGAGGCUGCUGCUGACAUGGGCCCAAGAAAUCUCACUGCUGAUGAAAAAGUCAGACACCUACAGCCCGCUCUUCUCCUUGCCCUCUUUCAACAAGUUAUGCCGUGGCCUCCUGUCCAACGCCCUGAAUGAAGAUCAGAGUGUCUGCCUUCAGACCUGCAACAGCUUACUUAUCCUCUCCUCAUCUUUAUCUACGGAGCUUUUGCAGAGGUGUUUGGAUGUGUGCAGAGUCCAACUUGUCCACUCAGCUGUGAGGGUGAGGCAUGCCUAUGGCAAAUUGCUAAGGACAAUCCCCUUGGAUGUUUCUUUAAGUAACCACAGUCGCCCAGAAAUGACUCGGAUCUCAUUAGCCAUUCGCCACCAUAUGAGCCGAGCAGCGGGCAGUACCUUCCAUCCCCAGGACUUCAGUGAUCUCAUCAGCUUCAUCUUGUAUGGAGUGCUGCACCGCGGAGGGAAGGAUCAAUGGCUGGAGCGACUUUAUUACAGCUGCCAGCGCCUUGAGAAAAGGGAUGGUCGAGCUGGUGCUGAUGGAAUACGUCCUGGUGUUGUGCCCAGAGCCCUGUUAAAAACUGAAGUGGUGCUGUGGCAGUGGGCAGUGUGGGAAGCAGCACAGUUCACUGUACUGUCAAAACUCCGAACUCCACUCGGCCGAGCUCAAGACACCUUCCAGACUAUUGAAGGUAUGAUCCGGAGCUUGGCUGCCCACAGCCUAAACCCAGAACAAGAUGUUGGAGUAUGGGCUGGUGCCGGGAGUGACGGAGAUGGUCACCAUUCCAAUCAGCUACGCAUCACCCUACUGCUUCAGUAUCUUGAGAACCUGGAGAAACUCAUGUAUAAUGCUUAUGAGGGCUGUGCUAAUGCUCUCACAGCCCCACCUAAGGGUAUCAGGACAUUCUUCUACACUAAUCGACAGACAUGCCAAGACUGGCUCACAAGGAUCCGCCUCUCACUCAUGAGGGUUGGUCUCCUCUCUGGCCAGCCAGCAGUGACCAUUCGUCACGGCUUUGACCUUCUUGCUGAGAUUAAGAACAACAGCACCCAGGGUCCAGAAUUAGAGGUUCCUCUAACAUUAUUGGCAGAAGCUCUUUGUGAGCUACGUUGUCCUGAUGCCAUCCAAGGACUUGCUGCGUGGAGCCUCUCUAACACCGGCAAGAGUCUCAGCUGGUUGUCCUCAGUGGCUUUACAAGCAGAGGGCCGGUUUGAGAAAGCAGCUCUAGACUAUCAAGAUCAGCUCUCUGCAGUUUCAGGGAUGGACUGUAGUAUCAAAAGCUCUGACUGUUACCUACUCAAACUCUCCAGUAAUACCAACAGCCCCAAACAUACAAGCAAUGGUGAUAGCAGGAAAACUGUGCUGCUGAAGUCAAAUGAGUGCUCUCCUGAGGUGGUCAAUCUCCUGGCCAACAAAGCAUGUCAGUGCUAUGUGGCACUUUGUGAUUGGUCUUCAGUCAAGGAAUGGCAGGCCACUGUUCAUAACUUGAAACAAAACUCCACCAGUCUAGUUGGCAUCAACCUAAGGGCUGAUUUCAACUACAUUCAGGCCUUAAGCCGCUUUGAGGACGGAGAUUUGAAUGAAUGUGGUGCUCAACUGGAACUUCUGCCUGGGGAAGACUUCAGUUUGCUCUCCAGUAGCAAGAUGGAUCUAAAGAGGUUUCUGCCAUCAUUGAGUCCUGAUCCUACAGAACUUCAGAGAGCUGUUGAGGUACAGCUCCUCCGUACCGCUGUUAGUGCCCUAGCAAAAAACAGUCAGCCACCAGAGCAAAGGGCCACUGCCAAUCAAGAUACAUUAGUGCGCUCCCUGAAACAAACUGGAAGGAUCUGCCUGGCUCCUUUACGCCUGUCAACAUUGACCCUCUCCGAUGGCUUGCCCACCCUUCCUACUUUGCAGCUUCACUGCACUGUCACUCUCGAGAACACGCUUUCAGGACAAGAGGACUCUGUGAUUCCUUUAAACAGUGAGGCACUAAGCUCAUGUAAACAACAAGAUGUCCAACCUUUCAUGCAAGCCCUCAGAUACACCUUGUUUCAGAGACAACUCCUCAACAAACUCAGAGGUUCUUCUCCUACUACAGAUGCCCACCUCAUGGAGCUUUGUUUGACAACUGUAAAAUUUGCUCGAAAGAAAGGAAACAUUGCCCUGGCGUCCCGCUUGCUCAGCCAGUGUUGCGAUGGAACCCAAGACGAGGAGCAAGAUGACCAAUUGAUAAAGUCCUUCCGGCGCCUCACUGUGGAGGGCACGCUGGGAGAGAAGUGGGGGCCAGAGCUACAGAUAGAAAAAGCCAAAGUAGUGAGAACUUCAGGCCAGUCCAUGACAGCCAUGGAAAUGCUGAGCAGGGCGGCUCUGUCAUAUUGCUAUGUGGGAAAGAAUGAAGGCGCUGCCUGUCGGUCACUGCUCACACUCUGCAAAUGGCUGUUAGCUGACUGGAAGGACAUGAUACCCCAGCUUAAACAAGUUGUAAAGCUGGCAGGAGCAGCAAAUUCAUCCAAUGCUUUGAGCAGCAUGUCACCUUUGUGUCAGAACAUUUCUUCUCUGCUGGAGCUUCCUCUUGUGGAACAAAGCAUUCCCCAUAUCACCACUGAAACAUCAGUGAGUGUUGGUGUUGGGGAGCCAGACUUUGUUCUUGGCCAACUGUACCAGCUUUCCACCAGCCUCGCUCCUGAGGUAGCAAAAUCCUGGGCAGCAUUGGCUAGCUGGGCAUACCGCUGGGGUAGGAAGGUUGUUGAUAAUGCCAGCCAAGGUGAGGGGUUGCCUCUUCUAUCCGGAGAAAAGAAGGAUAUUGAGGAGCUUUUACCUCCUUCUACAAGUGAAGAAGACAAAGAAACCAUUUUUAGCAUUCUCGGUCAAGCCAUGUGUCGACCAACUGGCAUACAGGAUGAAGAUAUGGCGCUCCAGCAGGAAGAUGAUGAGGAUGACAUGGUGGAUUUAAUAUGGCGACAGCUGAUCGCUUCAUGCCCCUGGUUGGCAGAGGCUGGCCAACCAGUUGCAGAUGGGCUUAUUCGUGUUUGGAGACGUGUGGUAGACCGAAUAUUUGGGCUCUACCGAAUAUCUUGCCAAGCAUAUUUUACCUUUUUGAAGCUCAAUGCAGGCCAGGUCCCUAUUGAUGAAGACGACCCCAAACUCCUGCUUUCCUGUCAUAACAGCAAACAAAGUAAUGACGAUGUGAUUGUCAUGGCAACCCUCCGUCUUCUCCGUUUGUUGGUCAAGCAUGCUGGGGAACUGAGGGAGGGGCUUGAGCUAGGUUUAGCCUCAACGCCGACAGCACCCUGGAGAGGUAUCACUCCGCAGCUUUUUUCACGUCUCAAUCAUCCAGAAGCAUACAUACGACAAAGCAUAUGCAGCCUGCUCUGCCGAGUAGCCCAGGACUCCCCGCAUCUCAUCCUAUACCCUGCAAUCGUGGGGUCACUCUCACUUGGAGGAGAAGCUCAAAGUGCCGGGAGCAAACUGCCCUCAGCUCUGCCCACUUUUUUGGGGAGCAUCCAAGGAGAGGGCCUUGGUGAGCAAGAGGAGGAAGAGGAGCAGCCUGAGGGUGGCGACAAAGGCGACAUUUCAGAAGAACUGCCAACAUUCUGCUCCAGUCAAGACCAAGCCAUGAUGCAGGAUUGUUACAGCAAGAUAGUGGAAAAGCUGUCUUUAGCAAACCCUACCAUGGUGCUUCAGGUCCAGCAGUUGGUCGGUGAGCUGCGUAGGGUGACGUUACUCUGGGAUGAAUUGUGGUUGGGCGUGUUGCAGCAGCAACACAUGCAUGUCCUGCGUCGGAUCCAGCAAUUGGAGGAUGAGGUCAAGAGGGUUCAAAACAAUAACACACUCCGCAGGGAUGAGAAGAUAGCAAUAAUGCGUGAGAAGCACUCUGCUUUGAUGCGGCCUGUGGUAUUUGCUCUGGAACAUGUUUGUAGUAUCACAUCGGCCCCAGCAGAGACACCACAUGAGACCUGGUUCCAGCAAACCUAUGGUGAGGCCAUAAAGUCUGCCCUCGAAAGACUGCGAAACCCUCACAAUCCUGCCAACCCUGCCAGCAGCUGGCUGCCAUUCAAACAGAUUAUGUUGAGCCUGCAGCAGCGUGCUCAAAAACGAGCCAGCUAUCUCCUUCACUUGGAUGAGAUCAGUCCACACCUGGCAUCUAUGAAGGCAACAGAGAUGGCUCUGCCUGGAGUGGUGUCUGCAUCAGACACGGUCACCAUUCAGAGCAUUGGCAAAUCCAUUACUAUUCUCCCUACCAAGACUAAGCCAAAGAAGAUCUUCUUCCAGGGCUCUGAUGGACAGACCUACCCAUAUCUUUUCAAAGGUCUCGAGGAUUUACAUUUGGACGAGCGCAUUAUGCAGUUCUUAUCAAUCGUAAACACCAUGUUCACCAAGAUCAACCAACAGGAGCAGCCACGUUUUCAUGCGCGCCAUUAUUCUGUCACACCCCUUGGAACACGAUCAGGACUGAUCCAGUGGGUAGAUGGAGCCACGCCCCUCUUCGGUCUAUAUAAACGCUGGCAGCAGAGGGAGGCUGUAUUGCAAGCUCAGAAGGCUCAAGACUCGUUCCAGCAGCAACCAGUGCCUCUUGUACCGCGCCCUAGUGAGCUCUAUUACAGUCGCAUUGGACCUGCCCUGAAAGCAGUUGGGCUCAGUCUGGAUGUAACGCGGCGAGAUUGGCCCCUCAGUGUCAUGAAGGAGGUGCUUAAAGAAUUAAUGGAGGCUACACCUUCCAAUUUACUGGCUAAGGAGUUGUGGUGUUCAUGUACCACACCUAGUGAAUGGUGGCGGGUUACUCAGUCUUACGCCAGAUCCACUGCUGUCAUGUCAAUGGUGGGAUACAUAAUUGGCCUUGGUGACAGACACCUUGACAAUGUGCUCAUUGACAUGACCACUGGAGAGGUUGUACACAUUGAUUACAAUGUGUGUUUUGAAAAAGGGAAGAGUUUACGAGUCCCAGAGAAGGUACCUUUCAGGAUGACACACAAUAUUGAGAGUGCACUGGGAGUUACAGGAGUGGAAGGCAUCUUCAGGCUUUCCUGUGAACAGGUUAUCCAAAUGAUGCGCCGAGGCAGAGAGACCCUCCUGACCCUGCUGGAAGCCUUUGUUUAUGAUCCCCUGGUGGAUUGGACUGCUGGAGGGGAGGUGGGCUUUGCUGGUGCAGUGUAUGGAGGAGGGGGCCAACAGGCUGACAGCAAACAGAGCAAACGAGAGAUGGAGAGAGAAAUCACACGAUCUCUCUACUCUUCCCGCGUGGCAGAGAUAAAGGUCAACUGGUUUAAGAAUCGUGAUGAAAUGCUGGCUGUACUGCCACAAGUGGAAGAGGCUGUGGAAGAGUACUUGGUCCUCCAGGAUCUUCUCUGUCAGGGAGAAAAACUCCAGGCCAAGCUGCAAGAAGAGUUGACCUUCCUGGAAGGAGCAGAGAACCAUCCAGAGCAUCAAAUUGUCACUCUGGAGCAAAGAUACUCCGAACACACCCAGCUGCAAUCCCGACAGAGGACUGUACAAGAGGCCAUUCAAAGCAAGCUGGCUGACCUGGAUCAGUGGAUUUCCCAGUACCAAGCGGCAUUUUCCAACCUGGAGACCACACAGCUUGCUGCUCUGCUGCAGGACAUUAGUAGCCCCAUAGAUCUAGGCCCUCCUAGCUACGUGCCAGCUACAGCCUUCUUGCAGAAUGCAGGCCAGGCCCAUCUGAUUAGCCAGUGUGAGACCCUAGAGGCAGAGGUGAGCUCUUUGCUCCAGCAGCGCCGUGGAGCCCUUCGGAUUUGCUUGGAACAGCUGCAUAGCUAUGCAACAGUUGCUUUGCUGUACCCACGUACCAACCUUUUGCGCCAUCGAACCCACCAGUGGAAGGCCUGGUUAGAGGAAAUGCUGAGAGUCAUGACAGUAGAGCAAUGCCAACAUAUCUACAGACAAUAUGAGGUGCUGUUUGCCCCUCAGUCCAGUGCAACCUGCCAGUUCAUGUCCAAUUUGGAGUUGGCUCUUCAGCGCCAAGUGGCAGACACCAAUGAGCGUGUGAUGCACCAAGCUGAGCGACUAAAAGCUGAAGGCACAACUGCUGCUGCCUGUGAGGAGCAGCUGAAGGAAAUCGAGCACUGUAUUGGCGUCUUUUUGCGGGAAAAUGGAGAGUCAGGCUCGCUCAGCCUUGCUGGGAUCAUCACCUCAGCCCUUUGCUCACUCUGCAGGCGGAACCUAGUGAUGGAGAGUGCAGCAGCCAGUGCUGGAGAGCAACUGGUAGAUCUCAUGUCCCGGGAUGGAGCAUGGUUCCUAGAGGAACUUUGCAGCAUGAUUGGAAACGUCAGUGCCUUGGCAACGCUGUUGCAGCGCUGCCCUCUCCUGCCGAAUGAUCUGGAACUCCCAUCGCCCUCUGCCACGAUCCAGGCAGUUUACCUGGCCAAUUCUGUGUAUACAUGCUUGCAGGAGCUGAACACCAACUUCCGUCAGAUUAUCUUUCCCGAGGCUUUGCGCUGUAUGGUUAAAGGAGAGCCCACCCUGGAAUCCAUGUUGGCAGAGUUGGAGCAGCUUGUGGAUCAGAGCUCCAAUGGUCUUGGCUUGCAGGGCUUGGUUGACAGUCUAUUGGCCACAACAGGUCUCGAUCAUGAUGGUCACAACCAAUGUCUGGACAUCACAAGAAUGUUGCGUGCCCAGUACUCUGAGCUCAUCCAGCCUCGCUGCAUGGAUGGGACUGGUCGAGACUCACCAAAGAUGUCUGCAGGUCAAAUGCUCUUGGUGGCCUUUGAUGGAAUGUUCACUCAAUUAGAAGCUGCCUUUAGUCAGCUGACCGAAAAGCUGAGUUCCCUGGAAGUGCCAUCAGCGUGGAGGAAAGUGGAUGUCCUCAGAGAGGCACGUGUUGCGCAGCUGCACUUCUUUGACACCCUGGCUCAGCGUGAGCUGAUGGAUGAAGUUUUUUUCCUCAAGAGAUUGCAAACCAUCAGAGAGUUCUUCAGAAUUUGCUCCUGUUUUGCUCAGACACUAUCUGGGCCCCCUGCUGAUGAACUGUUGACUUCAAAUGGACCAGUUGGUUUAGGAAAACCGUUGUUCAGGCAGCCAAACGCUACUGGUUCGAGUGGGGCGAUAAUCAGUGAGGAACAAUUAACACGGCCCAUUAAGGCCUUUACGGCUGAAUUUGUUUGGCAGAUGCUCAUAGGUCUGCCCAGCCAAGCUCUUGGGUUGGCCCUCUGCAGCACCCUGUCUGCUCUUAAUUUGGAUGUCGUUGCCCAGGUUGAGGCAAAAGAUUUCGGGGCAGAGAGCAAGGUGUCUUUGGACGAACUUUGUAAGAAGGCAGCAGAGCAGAGCCUGGCAUCAGGUCGUGUGUCCCAAUUGCUGCUAAACAGAUCCACGGUGCUGGCUGCGUCUUAUGAUACAGCUUGGAAGAAAUUGGACCUUUUGCGAAGGUUGGAUGGAAACCUGGAUGCUGCAAAGGCCAGUUUGCAGAGGAUUCAACUCCAUGUUGCUAUGUUUCAGUGGCAGCAUGAGGACAUUCUGGGUCCAAAUAAUCAGACACUCAGUGUCAACAUUCCCCCUCGUGCCGUCAUCCUCAGCAAUAUGAAGAAGAAGCUGUACAAGCUAAGUCAGGAUGAGGGAGCCAUUGUCGCAAUUCAGGAGAAGCUUUCAUCACUGGAGGCCAGCAUUGAGCAGCGCCUGAAAUGGGCUGGUGGUGCAAACCCAACACUGGCACCAGUCCUUCAGGACUUUGAGAUGACCAUCAGGGAGAGACGUGCUACUGUGGCCAGAGAAAACCAGCGUGCAAGCCAGGUCACCUUCUUGUGUUCCACCAUCCUAAAUUUUGAAGGCCUUCGCACCAGAUCACAGGAGGCUCUCAACAUGGAUGCAGCCUUGUUUGAACUGUUGAAGCGCUGUCAGCAGACCUGUUCAUAUGCUGCCCAGUUUAGUAACACGGUUUCUACACUGGAGCUUGAGCUGUUGCAGAGGCUGAAUCCAGUGCUAGACCUACCAAUAGGCAGUCCUGAAUGGCUGUCGUGUGCCCACAGACAGCUGGAAGAAGAGCUGAGUACAGAGCAGAGGAUGCAGGAGGAGCGGGAGCAGCAGCUGGAAUCUUGUGCUGAAACUCAACAACUGCUUGUUGACUCCAUUAAAACUAUUUUGUCGAGCCACAACCGCCAGUUGGCGGAUGUCAAGCACCUCCUUCGAGCCAUGGCUAAGGAUGAGGAGGCGGCAUUGGCUGAUGGUGAAGAGGUAGCAUAUGAGGGCAGCGUGCGUCAUUUUUUGAUGGAGUACAAGGCAUGGCAGGACAACAUCCAAGUGGUCUUGUUCACCGUUAUUCAAGCCAGUGGGCAGCCACGUAAUCAAGAGCAACUCGAAUUGCUCGAAGAGAUCCCCGCCACUGUGAAGGAGCUCCAUUCCCAGAGUCAGAGUGUGUAUAAUGGCCUGGUGGGCUUCGCCUCCCCACUGGUGACGGACAGAGAAAAUGAAUGUGCCAGUCCUGUGUCAGCAGCACAGACAAGCUUUGCAGCAGCUGUUCGAUGCAGUGGAUUGAAGACACAGCCAGAAUCCAUGUCCCAGAAUGCACGGAAGGCCCUGCCACGUAACCUGGGAACCCCCACCGACACCCCACCCAGCACACUGAUGAACAGCAAAGGCCUUAACCCCAGCCCCAAGAGGGCUGUGCGUGACCCCAAAACAGGAAAAGCUGUCCAAGAAAGGAACUCGUAUGCUGUUAGUGUGUGGAAGAGAGUGAAAGCCAAACUGGAGGGCAGAGACAUCGAUCCAAACCGGAGGAUGAGUGUCACUGAGCAGGUGGACUUUGUCAUCAAGGACGCCACAAACAUGGACAACCUAGCCCAGCUAUACGAGGGCUGGACCGCCUGGGUGUGAACACAGCGCCAGCGUCAUUCAUGUCUUUGGUCCAGCGAAGGCUCGGAGAUCCACUGAAGUCCUAGUGGAUUUAGGGUCUCGGGUGUCGGAACAGCAGCACCCAGCCACACUGCGAGGAGGAAAUGGAAAGCGGAAGCUUAGCCCCGCCCUCCCAACCUUCUGGGCACCAAUACCGGGCGAGCCACCCCGUAGCUGCCACCACACUCCCGCAAAGCAAAAAUAGGCGAUCGGGCCAACGCAACGCUUAAUGGGUCUGCCUUUGCCCCACCUCCUUUUCUGGGGCUCCACCAGGCAAGCUGCGCCGGAUCGGGGGGAGGGGCGGGGAGGAGGGCGAAUGAGAGAUACCUCGCCCCCCUCACCUUUGCAGCCUACGAUCAAGUUGUACCCCGAACAUCACUGCGUCCUGUUGAGCUCGUUAAACUCCGCCUGAGUUCAAGAUGAAGCAGGGAAGUGAGCCCUUUCCCACUGGAGCACACUGCCAUCACGCUGUGGGUGGUCUCCAAGUGGCUUCUUUGCAUUGCCCACCCUGUUCUCUUGAAACUCUGCCUCUGCGGGGCUGUGAUAUUGAUUGCCUGUGGGCAAGUUGGGCUGGAAUGAAGGUUCUUCAGGAUUCUUCCGAGGACCGAAUUGAUGGAAGAAAACGUUAUUCAAACUGUUCUUUGAUUGAUCAAACCAUCGGAUUUGACCAAAUAAAAGAUUGUUGUACGAAGUUAUUUACUCGUCGGGAGGGUUCUUGGUGCUUUUCUGUAUCAAGCUGAAGCACCGAGUCACAUGUGACUUUGCUGAGACGGGACGCUAAAAGGUGAAUUCAUUUAGAGGAGGCACAACCUCCAUGUUGUAGUUUUUCCUGUGUGCAUCCUUAUUAGUCUGUGUUGUGCUUUGUAACAAUUGGUCUUUCCAAAUAACCAAGUGGAGAAUGUUGCUGCCUUUUUUUUUUUUUUUUGACUACCUUGUGUCAAAGCCCUUGCUUUCCUUAUUAAGUAAAGUAACUCCCGAGUCCUGAUGCUUGUAUUUUAUUCAUCUUGACGUUCUAGUUUUACAUUUUUAGUGGGAGAUAUGAUAAUUUUGGGUGAUGGUGAAAUGUUUUCUUAAGCUUUUACUCUGUUUAACUCCAAAUAAACAUUGAAUUUAUAAGCGUCUUGUUAUAAAUAACACAGGUAGCGUUAACACUGAGCACCAAAACAAUGGAAGACUGGAAAGGUGCAGUUGCCCAAGUACAGUAAAACGUCAACACUUUAUUUGCGUUAUUUACUCAGCAGUGUUGUUUUUGGCAGCGCUUUUAAUUUUCGUCUUUUGGACAAUAAUACUUACAGUAUUAGUCUUAGUCACAGGGGUGAGGCCAGAACGGUCAGGAACGCAGUUCCGUUAUAACAGUCAGUAUACAAUAUUGAGAGCCGGAAUGAUGUUUCUGUAUACAGUGCUUUGAUUCCGAAAAUAAGACGGCAACUGUCGAAACGCUUUGCAAAAAAAAACACCAAAAAAAUGCUAAGCUGCCACACAUGCAUUUCAUCUCCAAGAAGAAAACAAUCUACCAACAUCAGAUUUACAUACACAAGUGCUAACAGUAAGCAUAAUAAAGUGCUUGUGUAGCGUAAUCCAUUUCCACCAAUAUUUAUUUAUUUUAUUCCACGGACGGCAUGGAGGUUUCCCCAGCUUCUGCAGUUAUCUGAGUCUGAUGAUGAUGAGUCACGUCAAUGUGCGAAUGCACGCAGCAAAGCAAAACGCCUGGACUCAUUCAUCCGUUCAAUCGGCUGACAUACUGACAUGUGAUCAGCAGAGAUAGUUAGCUCUGAUUGGUUCAAAUGUGCAUGUUUUCUGGAACAGCAAAAAAAAAAAAAAAAAAAGGGUUGAAUUGAUGCGAUGAAAAGGGCAAUGCAACAUGAAAUUGAUCAAAUCUUUAGGAGCAACGAAAGAGUUGAGGCUUAUUUUUAUUUGCUCUGAUGGGGAGGUUCAGAACAUCUUAGCUGUCAAUAUGCACUUUGGACUUAUAUUUGUUCAUUUAUGUUAGGCUACUUAUUUCCAUAUGAUUUUUAAAAAAGUCAAUGCGCGAUCUUCAAAAAAAUAUUCCCUUUCACUCUGCAUAAUAUAAUUUGUACUUAUUUUUCUGAAUGUAUGUUACUUUUAUUUUUUAAAAAAUGUUUACAUUAACUUCAAUUUUAAUAUACAUCCUAUGUUCUUUAGUAGUUAAAAUUGAGAUUUGGCAUUUAGUAUGUGAGGAAAUGAGGGGAAAAUAAAAAUUAGGAGAUGGAGGUUGGGGUUAUUGCUGUUUUUGUUAACUUUUAUUUUGCAAAUCAUUAAAAAAAAAUACAAUUUUAAAUGAAAAUCAGUUUUUGUAUGUGUCAUAGAAAUAACUGCUAAAAGUUUUCUUUGCAUUUCAGUAGUUAAAGAGGCGUGACCUCCCCCCAAAAAUUAAAGAAAAAAAAAAUACAUAAAAUUUCUGGCUCUGUGGCGACCUUUACGUCGGGGAGUUCUGGCAAGAAAUUCUAUUCACUUUCACCCCUGCUUAGUCAUAUGUUAGUCUUUUUAAAAUGUCUUUGUCUACUUUUUCCUGACGAAAACUCAGACUAAUUUCGCCCAAUUUUAGUCGACGUUUACUCAAUGUUUUCGUCUGUAAAAUUUAAAAGUAGGGCUGUCAAACUAUUAAAAGUUUUAAGUUAAUCACAUCUUAAAAAUUAAUCAUAAUUAAUCGCAAUUCAAACCAUCUAUAAAAUAUGCCAUAUUUUUCUGUAAAUUAUUGUUGGAAUGGAAAGAUAAGACACAAGGCUGAUAUAUACAUUCAACAUACUGUACGUAAGUACUGUAUUUAUUUAUUAUAACAAUGAAUCA